AUGGCUGAUACUGGGGCAGAACUCAAUAUUCACUUGGUUGGUAGUGAUGGUCAGACUUUUCUUUUUGUUAUUGUGGUCACCACGCCUGGGACCUGUAACAAACUGUGGGGGCUCAUCGGGAUCUCUCCUCUUCAGUCGUCGAGGGCAGAUCCAGUGAUACCAGAACCACGAUACGACAGUGACCAGACCGCUACUCCAGCCAAGUCGGCCUGUGGGUGUCCAGGAGGGAGAUCAAGGUGCAGAGGAUCUUCGCCUCAACGUGGAACCGCAGCUGCUGUGAGGGAGGUGGAGCGUACUCAAGUCAAUACAGAGCUACUACACAACAACCAAAACACAUACAACAUUUCAACAGUAAGGGAGGAAUUGAUCUGGAGCAUCAGAGGACGCUUGUUCACACUCCCCAGCCCAGACCUCUUCGAGCUAUCAAAGAGCCUUGCACAAGAAAAUAAAGACACAGUGCAGUUUAGCCAGGGUGAUAAAGACAGCUGCAUGGACUAUGUCACUUCCUACUUGCAAUCAACUGCACUGCUGCAACUCGAAGAUGAGAGCAUGAGUCAACUGUUAAUGCUGGAUGAUCUAAUAAACCAAAUUUUCCAAGUGGCAGCGUUAAGCAACCAUCUGACGGAAGCGAAGCACUUACCAACAUGCCAAGCGUCCGUCCCACAUGUUGCCAGAGCAAGCACCACCUAAUGGUCCACCAGACAUACAACUUGAUGCAUAUGCAAACACUGAAGCUGAAGUCACGCACGCUAACACCUGCCGAGCAAAACUACCACUUGCACAGCGGGAAACUAGAGUUUCUAGCCCUCAAGUGGGCAGUUUGCGACAAGUUUAGGGACUACCUCUACUACGGCCCACAUUUCACCAUUUUUAUGGACAACAAUCCGUUGACGUAUGUCCUUAGCACAGCUAAACUUAACGCAGUAAGACAUCGUUGGGUUGGACAACUGGCAGAUUUCCACUUUGACAUAAAAUGCCGUCCAGGAAAAGUCAAUAUCGACGCCGAUGUGUUGUCCCGUUGUCCACUUGACAUUGACACAUUCAUGAGAGAGUGCUCAGAGAAACUGUCAGAGGAAGCUGUAGGUGCAGUAUGGGAAGGGAGCAGAAGACCCAAGCAAGGUGAUGUAGCAUGGAUUGCAGCCCUUAACCUCGCCACACUAAGUCAGCCUCUCAAAGAGCCUCUGCAAUCCAUCAGCCAUGACAAGCUUGUACAAGAACAAAGACCAGAUUCAGCCAUUGGGAAAGUUA